CCUCCCCUUCAGAAGCCGAGGAGCGGGGGAGCAUGGACCAAACCCCGCUGCUCGGGCACCAUGACGCUCGUCCGCCUCGCCGUGGCUCUGAUUUUAGGGGCGCUCCCCGAAGUGGUCAGCUUUGAUCCGGUCCCCAAUUAUCCCUUCCACCACCGCCUUCGCCAUUCGCCCCCUCCGGGUCCCCAGUACCCUUAUUACCUUCCCACCCAGCAGCGGCCACAGAGGCCACCUCCGCCGCCCCGUCUGGCGCGCGUCCUGCGCCCCCCGCCUGCUCUCCCUGCCCAGCGCCCGCACGCACUCCACGCGGGGCGCACGCCCGGCCCGCACCCGGGGGGCUGCCCAGCCGGCAAGUCCUGGGUCAACGUGACGGACUUCGGCGCCCCUUGUCUGCGCUGGGCGGAGGUGCCACCCUUCCUCGAGCGGUCGCCCCCGGCGGACUGGGCUCAACUGCGAGGGCAGCGCCACAACUUCUGCCGGAGCCCCGACGGCGCGGGCAGACCCUGGUGCUUCUAUGGGAACGCCCACGGCAGGGUGGACUGGGGCUACUGCGACUGCAGACACGGGUCAGUACGACUUCGAGGUGGCAAAAAUGAGUUUGAAGGCACAGUGGAAGUAUAUGCAAAUGGAGUUUGGGGCACAGUCUGUAGCAGCCACUGGGAUGAUUCUGAUGCGUCAGUCAUUUGUCACCAGCUGCAGCUGGGAGGAAAAGGAAUAGCAAAACAAACCCCGUUUUCUGGACUGGGCCUUAUUCCCAUUUAUUGGAGCAAUGUCCGUUGCCGAGGAGAUGAAGAAAAUAUACUGCUUUGUGAAAAAGACAUCUGGCAGGGUGGGACAUGUCCUCAGAAGAUGGCAGCUGCUGUCACGUGUAGUUUUUCCCAUGGCCCCGCCUUCCCCACCAUACGUCUCGCUGGUGGGAGUAGCGUGCACGAAGGCCGAGUGGAGCUCUACCAUGCUGGUCAGUGGGGCACGGUCUGUGACGACCAAUGGGAUGACGCCGACGCCGAAGUGGUCUGCAGGCAGCUGGGCCUGAGUGGUAUUGCCAAAGCAUGGAAUCAGGCAUAUUUUGGGGAAGGAUCUGGCCCAGUAAUGUUGGAUGAAGUACGCUGCACUGGGAACGAGCUUUCUAUUGAGCAGUGUCCAAAGAGUUCCUGGGGCGAGCAUAACUGUGGCCAUAAAGAAGAUGCUGGAGUGUCCUGCACCCCUCUAACAGAUGGGGUCAUCAGACUUGCAGGUGGUAAAGGCAGCCGUGAGGGUCGCCUGGAGGUGUAUUACAGGGGACGGUGGGGAACGGUCUGUGAUGACGGCUGGACUGAGCUGAAUACCUAUGUUGUUUGCCGGCAGCUGGGAUUUAAAUAUGGCAAACAAGCCUCUGCAAACCACUUUGAGGAAAGCACAGGGCCCAUAUGGUUGGAUGACGUCAGCUGCUCAGGAAAGGAGACCAGUGUCCUUCAGUGUUCCCGGAGACUGUGGGGAAGGCACGACUGCAGCCAUCGAGAAGAUGUCGGCAUUGCCUGCCACCCCAGCAGCGAUGGACACAGACUCUCUCUGGGUUUUCCCAUUAGACUGAUGGAUGGAGAAAAUAAGAAAGAAGGACGAGUGGAGGUUUUUAUCAACGGCCAGUGGGGAACUAUUUGUGAUGAUGGGUGGACUGAUAAGGAUGCAGCUGUGAUCUGUCGCCAGCUUGGCUACAAGGGUCCUGCCAAAGCAAGAACCAUGGCUUAUUUUGGGGAAGGAAAAGGACCCAUCCACGUGGAUAAUGUGAAGUGCACAGGAAACGAGAGGUCCCUGGCUGACUGUAUCAAACAAGAUAUUGGAAGACACAACUGCCGCCACAGCGAGGAUGCAGGAGUUAUUUGUGAUUAUUUUGGAAAGAAAGCAUCAGUUAACAGUAAUAAAGAGUCCCUCUCCUCUGUUUGCGGGUUGAGAUUACUGCACCGUCGGCAGAAGCGGAUCAUUGGUGGGAAAAAUUCUUUAAGGGGUGGCUGGCCUUGGCAAGUGUCCCUCCGGCUCAAGUCAUCCCAUGGAGAUGGCAGGCUCCUGUGUGGGGCCACACUCCUGAGUAGCUGCUGGGUCCUUACAGCAGCACACUGCUUCAAGAGGUAUGGUAACAGCACCAGGAACUACGCUGUUCGGGUUGGGGACUAUCAUACUCUGGUGCCAGAGGAGUUUGAAGAAGAAAUCGGAGUCCAGCAGAUUGUGAUUCACCAGGAGUAUCGACCCAACAGCAGUGACUACGACAUCGCCCUGGUUAGACUACGAGGACCAGAAGAGCAGUGUGCCAGAUUCAGCAGCCACGUUUUGCCGGCCUGUUUGCCUCUCCGGAGAGAGAGGCCACAGAAAACAGCCUCCAAUUGUUACAUAACAGGAUGGGGAGACACAGGACGAGCCUAUUCAAGAACUCUGCAACAAGCUGCUGUCCCCUUACUUCCCAAGAGGUUUUGUGAAGAACGUUAUAAGGGUCGGUUUACAGGAAGGAUGCUGUGUGCUGGAAACCUCCUUGAACACAAACGUGUGGACAGCUGCCAGGGAGACAGCGGAGGACCACUCAUGUGCGAGCGGCCAGGAGAGAGCUGGGUUGUGUAUGGGGUGACCUCCUGGGGCUAUGGCUGUGGAGUCAAGGAUUCACCUGGUGUUUAUACCAAAGUCUCAGCCUUUGUACCUUGGAUAAAAAGUGUCACCAAAUUGUAAUUCUUCAUGGAAACCUCAAGAGAAAAUAGUAUUUCAAGAAUCUGUUGGAAAACUUUUAACUCCCAUUAUUAGCACUCAGCCAGAGAUGACAACUCACGGAGACUGAGAUCCAUGAUCCUGCUUUGUAUUGUGAUAAAAAAUUGUGUACUCCUUUGCUGCUUCUGAGAAUUUGUGAUGUGAACGUUUUUGGUUAAACACUUCAGUGAAAUACUAAUACCUUUAACUAGCAUUUGCCUACUCAAAUUAGUUUCACUGGAUACUAAAUUCUUUUAUUCUCAUUUGAGCCUUACUUAUUUCUUUGCCAAUUUCUCAGCAUUCUCGAGAUUAUUGUGUAUCAAUUGUGCAAUAAGGCUGUUUUUACAUUUAUUUGGAUUGAGAACUCAUAACUGAAUAUGGUAUAUGGAUUCAUAUUAAGUGCCCACAUUUGACAUACAAAAUACCCUUUACUACAAUUAAAAUAGUGCCAUUUUCUGUUUAUGUAAUUUUUAAGCUCAAAAUUCUUUUCAAAAGGCUGAUAUUUUCACAUUAUCUAUCUCUGUAGCCUUUGUCAAGUGACGAAAUUAACAGCCACAAAGGUAAAGGAAUUCCAUUAUAAACCUAGACUGGAAUUGGAUCAACAUCUCAAUACAUUCCUGAAUGAAGUUGCUGUACCAAGCACUAUGGCAAUCAUCAGAGAAAAAUACAUUCUAGUAUGUAUGUUACUAUCAAAAUUUGGAAUAAUUCCUGGUAACAUAAUAAAGAUUACCUUCAAGUUGUUGGAUGCACAACCUAACUUACCCACCUUAUUUAACAUUACCUACUGAUUACUUUUAACCACUUCAAACUUAUAACUUGGUAAAAUAAGAAAUGUUAACUUAGCAUCAUGCUCCAUGUUUUCUGGACUAUGAUGUAAGAGUGCCAUCUAUGGCAACCUUCUGGUAAUUUGAGUUAGAACUGUCAAUUUGUAAGACUAUCCUGACACAGUCCCAUCUAAUAAAAAUACACUAUUAAAAUGCUUUCCCUGCCAAUACACUGGGGAAAAGCUCUAAAACAACUUAUUUGUUUCAACUGAUUUAAUUCAUACAUCAGUUACAUAAUGUGCUAGGCACUGCAUUAAGUGCUUAUAGGCCUAACUGUCAAUUUACAAAAGGCUGUAAGACUUUAUAGUAUCCCUAGUUUUAGAGGGCGAGGUCAGACAGCUGGUUAAAAGCUUUGAAUCCAAACUCCACUAGAGCCCCAAUGCUGACAACAGUAUUGUUUUUCCCUGGCCAUGCUUCUCCAGUCUAAAGGGAAAUUUUCCCUCUGGCUAUUUCCCAAAGAGCUGCUUCCUCUACACCCUUUCAAGACAUUCUUGGCAGCAAUGCAAAAUCUUUGUCCAAAUAUAAAAAGUAUCCCCCCCAGGAUACUUGAGUAAUCCAUAUCAGAUAUGAGAAUGGUUACUAUUAUCAUGAGUCCUUCCCCAAAUCCCAGGUAGUUUCAACAGUUCUUGUAUAUUGAAGGGAUAGAAGCAUAACAGGUGAAGAGGUUGGCCUGAACUUCAGGAUUAAGAGUGGCUUAAGUAAUCCUCUUAAAUGGCUAAGUCACCACAGAGGGACUUGACCCUCUUUCCCCUUCUGCAUCAAAUUGUGUCCUUUUUGUAAAUCCUCAGCUUGGUAAAAAAACUGGUGCUAACCUAAAGGUGCUUUCUAACUUACUACUGUGCAGAACUGCAAUGCUACGCCAGGUAGAAUGGCAUUCCAACUUUCCUAAAAGCUCUUAAUUUUGAUAAAGGAAAAACUUUUUAAGCAUUUACAUCUAGAGAUGGUAGAGCUACAGA